CCAGAGUGCAGGAGAACAGAUGGUUAUGGCAUGACAGGCAGGUUACACAGGUAUCACUAUAAAUACUGUGCCCUGCCCCCUGCCAGUCCUCACCCCCUCCCCCACUAGGAUCAGACUCCACUGACAAAGAGAGAAACCAAUGCCAUCUGGGCGUCAAGUUCUGCAGAGAGAAGAUUUAGCUGGACCCGGUGCUGAGGAUCAAAGGGAUCUCCAGGUGUCUCCUGGGUCACAGGCAAAGGGAAGAUGGAGCCAAAAGCUCUGAUGGACGCCAAAGUUCCAGAACCUGCACCAUCAGGGGCCUCACCUGGGAAUUGUAAAGAUAAGAAUGAUGAAGGGGAAAUGAGCGAAGAAAAGAAUAUGUCCCCCACUCAAGGAGAGCACAAGUCGGACAAUCAAACAAGUAGUAAUGAAGGAUCUCCUAAAAAAAUCACUGGGUGUCCAGCAGACAUCUUGAGACUAAAAUCCAAUCUAAAAUUGAUGACCACGAACAAUGCAGGAUACAGAGCACCUCUAGAGCCCGGAGCCACUGACCUGCAACUGCUAGGUCAAGGGUUUAAGUUUGGAAUUCCACUAAGUCCCGCAGCUCUGGAGCGAGAACUACAGAGCCCAGUGAUCAUCAUCGGACAAGAUGUCUUCCAAAUAAUCGAUGAUUGCCCUCCGCCUCCAGCUCCCUUUCCCCACCACAUGGUAACUCUCCGAACUGGAAAUGUCACUGACCUGUAUGACCUGAACAUGGAUGAGAUUCUUGGAGGGGGUCGAUUUGGAGAAGUCCACUUAUGCAAGGAGAAGUCCAGCGGGCUCCAACUCGUGGCUAAAGUGUUAAAAGUUCAGAGCGAGCGAGAACGGGAAAUGGCGCUGAAUGAGGUGGCUGUAAUGAACCAGUUGGACCAUCCCAACCUCAUACAGAUGUUUGAUGCUGUGGAAACUCCGACCGAGAUUUUCCUGGUUUUAGAAUACGUUGGGGGAGGGGAGCUAUUCGAGAGGAUUAUUGAUGACAGCUACAAGCUGAUGGAGGUAGACGCCAUGGUGUUCGUGCGCCAAAUUUGUGAGGGCAUCUUUUAUAUGCACCAAAUGUAUGUGCUUCACCUGGAUCUGAAGCCAGAAAACAUAGUGUGCGUGUCUCCCAUCAGCCACAAGGUGAAAAUCAUAGACUUUGGCCUCGCCCGGAGGUAUAAACCACAGAACAAGCUCAAAGUUUCUUUUGGGACCUCCGAAUUUUUGUCACCAGAAGUCAUCAACUUUGAUCAAGUUUCUUUCCCGACAGACAUGUGGAGUGUUGGUGUAAUCACAUACAUGAUGGUAAGUGGAUUGUCCCCUUUUCUGGGAGCUAAUGACACAGAGACGAUGAACAAUGUGUUGAUGGGUGAUGCAGACUUUGAUGAAGAACCUUUUGAGCUGGUAUCAGAUGAAGCCAAAGACUUUAUAUCUAAUCUACUGGUGAAAGAAAAGAGUGGGCGUAUGAGUGCUAGUCAGUGUCUCAAGCACCCAUGGCUGAAUGAUCUUGCCAGGAAAGCAAAGCUCUGCAACCGUCUCCUGAAAUCACAGAUGGAGUUGAGGAAAUACAUGAUGAGGAGGCGCUGGAAGAAGAAUGUAUUUGCCGUGACGGCAGCAAACCGAUUUCUGAAGGUCAGUAGCUCCGGAUGUCUGACCUCAAUGGCCGAAUGAGCAUCUGAUGGGUAACCAAGGAAGCCAAGCCAUACUUCUAAAGCCAUAAUGAGUGACCAGUGAACCUCCAUUAUCUAGACAUGCUUUAAGGAAUUUUCGAGAUGAAAGCACAAAGGAUCGGGAUCAAUAGAUUAUGGUCCCACUGCCACCUCCUGAAGCUUCCCUUGAAAAGUACCUCAGGACUUUAUGGAUACCAUCUUGUAGGCUGGGAGUCCAUGUGAGCAUCUCCUGGGCCUGAUCCUACUAUGCUGGAUAAAUAGCUUUAUGCUUGGGUUAUAGAUCUGAUACAAAUCAUGGACCUUGGUGAAAAAUAAGAUGACAUCACUGCCAUAUAAGAUGACAUCAUUGCCAUAUAAGAUGACAUCACUCUGUGUAGGAGCUCCAUGCACAAUAUGUAUGAAGCAUUCAUUUGUAAUGCAAGUUACAGAUGUAGCAGAACUGAACUUGCCAUUUCAGCAUGUUGGGAAUGAAAGAACAUUUUCACCUCUGCUACAUCUGAGAUCCCUCUAGUUUGGAUACAUCAUUGUACAAUUUGCAUGGUGCAUCAUGACGUUUCUGCACUUCCCAUUGCUACAGGCUUUGCUACCUCUUAUUUCAGGGGAGCCUGUGGACCCCCAGGCAUAGGGUCAAUGUGUGGGGGAGAUUUAUCAUUGUUGUCUUUGAAAAGUGAAUUUUGAAGUCAUAUUUUUUGCUUAUGUGUGACAUAUUUAAAGGGGUAUUCCAGGGAUUUUUUUUAUUUGACUAUGCUACAGGGGCAGUAAAGUUAGUGUAGUUCAUAAUAUAGUGUCUGUACCUGCGUGUGACGGUUUUAUCACAAUUCUUAUGUGAGUUUCACCCCAAUAUUUAUUUUUAUUUGUCUAUGCUACAGGGGCUAUAAAGGGGGGGUUGAUAAAUUUGGCAAAAAAAAACAAGCAAUAACUUCAGAACAACAUUUUGUAUGAUUCCUCUUAUCCUCUAACUUUUCUGCACAAAAAGUCUCAGUUGUGACUUUUUGUGAGACUUUUUUUUAACGUGCCCUCCAAUGGCAGCUUUGUAAGCCAGGCCUGACGUAGCUUUAACCCCUUAAGGACUCAGGGUUUUUCCGUUUUUGCACUUUCGUUUUUUCCUCCUUACCUUUUAAAAAUCAUAACCCUUUCAAUUUUCCACCUAAAAAUCCAUAUUAUGGCUUAUUUUUUGCGUCACCAAUUCUACUUUGCAGUGACAUUAGUCAUUUUACCCAAAAAUGCACGGCGAAACGGAAAAAAAAAUAAUUGUGCGACAAAAUUGAAAAAAAAACGCCAUUUUGUAACUUUUGGGGGCUUCCGUUUCUACGCAGUGCAUAUUUCGGUAAAAAUUACACCUUAUCAUUAUUCUGUAGGUCCAUACGGUUAAAAUGAUACCCUACUUAUAUAGGUUUGAUUUUGUCGCACUUCUGGAAAAAAUCAUAACUACAUGCAGGAAAAUUUAUACGUUUAAAAAUGUUCUCUUCUGACCCCUAUAACUUUUUUAUUUUUCCACGUACGGGGCGGUAGUUUUUAUCGGUAUGAUUUUUGUUUUGAUAGGACUUUUUGAUCACUUUUUAUUCAUUUUUUAAUGGUAUAAAAAGUGACCAAAAUACGCUUUUUUGGAUUUGGAAUUUUUUUUGCGCGUACGCCAUUGACCGUGCGGUUUAAUUAAUGAUAUAUUUUUAUAGUUCGGACAUUUACGCACUCGGCGAUACCACAUAUGUUUAUUUUUUAUUUUUUUUACUCUGUUUUAUUUUUUUUAUGGGAAAAGGGGGGUGAUUCAAACUUUUAUUA